AUGAGAAGACGUUUCACUAGUCAAAAGAACACUAACGCAAAAGCAGAGAUUACGGUUGGUUAUAACGUAAAUGAUGAUAAAUCACGAAUUAUUCAAAAUGUUAAAGUUAAUGUUAGCCCCGAAUUAACAAGGUCAGCAACUCAACCGAAAAAGGAGGAGGAGCAAAAUAAAGAAGAUGGAGACCCAAUCAUUUUAUCUGAACCCGGUAAAGAACCUGUUGAAAUUUCCACUUAUCCAACAUACCCCCCACCUCUUUCAUCAAACAUCGAGAACCCAUAUAAAAUAGACAUUAAUUCUGAAUUAAUGAAAAUUUACCGUGAUAUAAUAAUUAAUAAUUAUGAUUCAAUAAUAAAUUUAAUUGACCAAUCCGGUUUAAUUAUUUUACCUUAUGAAUCAUUAAUUCACAUUAUCGCCAUUCUUUGUGAUGUUCAAGAUUCAGACGUUAAGAUUCAAUUUUUCAUAGAUGAUGAGGUUUCAUGCUGCGGAACAGUUGCAAAAAUAAAUCCUAUAAAGGAUAUUAGCACAAUUAAGAUAUCAAAGAACGGAACAACAACUGAACUUCAUUUAACAUAUAAUGAUAUUUAUAAUAAAAUAGUUGAUGAAUAUAAAAUAUCACUUGAAAAAUUCUUUGUUAAGGCUAUUUAA